AUGCUUUUGCAAGAAAGAGAGGCUGAUCAGAAAUAUCGCGGGAAACAUAUCACGCGUGAAGUGCUCGAAACGGCAGCUGCUGCGGUUCGUGUAGGUGUCACUACGGAUGAAAUUGACCGAAUUGUUCACGAAGCAACGAUCGAGCGCGGCGCAUAUCCUUCACCACUCAACUACCAUUAUUUCCCCAAAUCAUGCUGCACAUCAGUGAAUGAAGUCAUUUGUCAUGGUAUCCCUGAUCAACGGCCGUUGGAGGAUGGCGAUCUUCUCAACAUUGACAUUUCCUGCUUCUACAACGGCUUCCAUGGCGAUGCAAAUGCAACCUACCUCGUCGGCGAUAACGUCAACCCUGUUGCCAAAAAGCUCGUUCAAGUUACCCGAGAAUGCUUAGAAAAGUCGAUCGCUGCUGUCAAACCGGGCAUGCGAUAUCGCGAUUUUGGCAAGAUUAUUGAAGAUCAUGCAACAGCAAAUGGGUUCUCGGUAGUACGAGCGUUCUGUGGACACGGUAUUAAUCAAUUGUUUCACUGUGCUCCCGAUGUGCCUCAUUAUGCCAAUAACAAGGCUGUCGGUAUUUUGAAGCCAGGUCAUAUCUUUACCAUUGAACCCAUGCUGUGUGAAGGUGUUUACGAUGAUUUGUUAUGGCCGGAUGGAUGGACGGCUACCACCAAGGAUGGCAAAUUAUCAGCACAAUUCGAGCAUACUACUGUAUGCUCGUUACCGAAACCGGCGUCGAGGUUUUGA